CUCGCCCCUGGUGUGAAGAACAGUUCAGACCAGAGUGGAAGACAACAGAACGUCUAACGACAAGAAAACUUAUAAAAAGCAUUUCUUUAUCAACUUCAAAGAAACAUUUGCACAUGCUUUCUGUCAAUCAGACAGUCAUACAGCAUUUCUCUUUCUGAAGGACAGCGUGGCUCAGAUCAGGUGAUGGACAUGAGGUCUCUGCUGACACUGUCAGUGUUGUUGGCUCUCAUAAGGGGGAACAAGGCACAGAAGCUAACAGUGUCUCUCCGGCCGAAGUUCCCUAAGGUGUAUGCUGGAGAUGAUGUCACUCUGAUCUGUAACCGUGAAGGAGGGAGUAAACCAACAACAUGGUAUUUUAACAGAACAUCAUCACAAACACACAAGGAUUAUUUAAUGCUUCUUACAGCAGUGACACCAGACAACAACAACGGGGUGUAUGAAUGUGAUCAGGGAGGAACGAAGAGUGACCCGUUCACAAUCACUGUACUGAAUCUGGAGCCUCACGCUCAGCUCUCUCCAUCUGUUGGAGGUGCUGUGAUGACCAAAGGAGACGGAAGAAACCUGGUGCUGCAGACGGAUGAUGAUGAUCUGGAGAACUGGUCUUGUUUUGUGUUGAGGGGAGUGAGCACCUUCGCUAUAGGACUCGAUAUUAAUAAGGAGAUGAAGAGAGCUGUUAUAUUUGCAGAAUUUAAGGAGGCAGAAAGAGCCACUUUCUGGUGCAAGAAAAAUAAAACAGUUCUUCGAAGCAAUGCAGUGACGCUGAAAAUGACAGAGCUCAUGGUGAUGUUGGUUCCUCCGGCUGUUCCUGCGCUGGAGGGGGAGUCUGUGGCCCUCAGGUGUGUAGUCUGGGGUGGACCAGAGCUGGAAGAGGCUAUCUUCUAUAAGAAUUAUACACCAAUCUCAAAGAGCUCACCUGAAGGCACAUACACCAUCCCCAAGGCCACACAAAGUGAUACCGGCAUGUACAGCUGCCACGCCACCUACAGGUACAGCCACAUCAGUGCAAAAGCUGCACAGAAGGAAGGAGAAUCUGAUGCUCAGGAGUUAAAAGUCAUAGGUGGACCUCCUGCUGCAGUUAUUUCAGCGUCUACUAACAGUCUGAAGUGUUCCUGUCCUAACUGUCCUGCCAACUGCACAUCCUACCACUGGUAUCACACACCCUUUAAUGACCCAUUCACACGUGAAAAACGAUCUGAAAACGAUGAGUCUAUUACUGUAGAGAAAGAAGGACUGUACAAAUGCCGGUUGGACUAUGGGAAUGGUUUCUCCCGUUUCAGCAACAUCUACACCUACAAAGAACAACCAGGGGAGUUCGGAUACAUGUGGUACAUUCUGGUCCCAGCCCUGAUUUUGUUCGUGAUCAUCAUUGUGCUGAUCAUUGUGCUGAAGUACAUAAGAUGUGGAAGAAUGGAUAUACAAGCACCUGGACGGGAUGCAGAUCAAGACACUCUGAUGAGUGUACGCUAUGUACGCUAAACACAGAGGCAGUUCUGAAGGUAAAAGUGUGU